AUGUUCAAGAUCCGAAAGAUCAAGAACAAACUCAAGAUCCGCCGCCGCCUGAAGAAAGACGCAGCAGCCGCCGCGAACGUCACCCACGAGGUGAUCGGGCUUGUCAGUCUCGAACGAGUAAUAUCCAAUGCCUUUGUAGGCGCUGCGCUCGAGAUGAACACCUUGGCUGCCAGCAUGGGCAACAUGUCUGUGCAGCAAGGCCCUCGUGGUGUCGACCGAGGUCGCCACCAGAGUUUCUUCACUCUCAACCCCCCACAGGGCAACCCCUUCGCGGCAGCUGGCGCUGCUAAAUAUUCAUGGACAGCACAUUUGCCCUCAGCAUUCCCUCUGUAUCCGGCAACCUCAUUCACCAUGGACAAAGCUGCCAAGAUCAAGUUCAAGGUGCGAAAGUUCUUGGCCAAAAUCAAGGUCCGUCGCCUCCUCGCAAAGGAUGCCAACGCGGCCGACGUCACAUGCUCGCCUCGGGCCCUGGUUGCGUUGGAGUCACAGCUCGUCCGAUUGUGCGAGAUCUGCACUGUAUGUCUUGGUUUGAACGGUGUUCAAGUCAAUGCAUACAGUGUCGAACUUGCACACUCGGACGAGCUGCGACUCCAACGCAACCGGGACUUUGAUGGCUAA